UAUCGGGGUCUCACCAGAGGUUUCAGUGGUUUCCUGCCCAAAUGAUGGGGAUUCUGUGUGUCCGGAGGAAACUGGGGUAUGAGGGUUCACAUUUUCAAGCCAGGAUGAGGAAUUCUUGCUAGUCCUGUUCUGAAUUUUGCCAGCUGCCUGCUUUCUGAAUUGCUCCGGUGUGAUCAGUACUCCCGCCACCAGCAGGUGUAGCCAGAAAGAAGAGAAGCUGCCAACAUGGUUGCCCUGUCACUGAAAAUCAGCAUUGGGAAUGUCGUGAAGACUAUGCAGUUUGAGCCAUCUACCAUGGUGUAUGAUGCUUGCCGAAUCAUCAGAGAGCGCAUCCCAGAAGCCCUCGCUGGUCCUCCCAAUGACUUUGGGCUGUUUCUAUCGGAUGAUGACCCCAAAAAGGGUAUCUGGCUAGAGGCUGGAAAAGCCCUGGAUUACUACAUGCUUCGAAAUGGAGACACCAUGGAGUAUAGAAAGAAGCAGCGGCCCCUAAAGAUCAGAAUGCUGGAUGGAGCUGUAAAGACCAUCAUGGUGGAUGAUUCUAAGACAGUCACUGACAUGCUCAUGACCAUCUGUGCCCGCAUUGGUAUCACCAAUCACGAGGAAUAUUCCCUGGUUCGAGAACUCCUGGAGGAGAAAAAAGAGGAGGUGACAGGGACACUUCGGAAGGAUAAGACACUGUUGCGGGAUGAGAAGAAAAUGGAGAAGCUGAAGCAAAAGCUACACACAGAUGAUGAGUUGAACUGGCUGGACCAUGGACGGACACUGAGGGAGCAAGGUGUUGAAGAGCAGGAAACAUUACUCCUUCGGAGAAAAUUUUUCUACUCAGAUCAAAAUGUGGAUUCCCGGGACCCUGUACAGCUGAAUCUCCUCUAUGUGCAGGCACGAGAUGACAUCUUGAAUGGUUCCCAUCCUGUAUCCUUUGACAAAGCCUGUGAGUUUGCUGGCUUCCAGUGCCAAAUUCAAUUUGGACCUCACAAUGAGCAGAAGCAUAAGCCUGGCUUCCUUGACCUGAAAGAUUUCUUGCCCAAGGAAUAUGUGAAGCAGAAAGGAGAACGCAAGAUAUUCCAGGCCCACAAGAAUUGCGGGCAGAUGAGUGAGAUUGAAGCGAAGGUGCGUUAUGUGAAGCUUGCCCGCUCCCUCAAGACGUAUGGUGUUUCCUUCUUCCUGGUCAAGGAGAAAAUGAAGGGUAAAAACAAGCUGGUUCCUCGGCUACUGGGUAUCACCAAAGAAUGUGUAAUGAGAGUGGAUGAGAAGACCAAGGAGGUGAUCCAGGAGUGGAAUCUUACCAAUAUCAAGCGCUGGGCUGCCUCUCCAAAGAGCUUCACUCUGGAUUUUGGAGAUUACCAGGAUGGGUACUAUUCAGUGCAGACAACAGAAGGAGAGCAGAUUGCUCAGCUCAUCGCCGGUUAUAUCGAUAUCAUCCUUAAAAAGAAGAAGAGCAAGGAUCAUUUUGGCCUGGAAGGAGAUGAAGAAUCUACCAUGUUGGAGGACUCGGUAUCUCCCAAGAAGUCCACGGUCCUGCAACAGCAAUAUAACCGGGUAGGAAGGGUGGAGCAUGGUUCUGUGGCCCUGCCUGCUAUCAUGCGCUCUGGAGCUUCUGGCCCUGAGAACUUCCAGGUGGGCAGCAUGCCACCUGCUCAGCAGCAGAUCACUAGUGGCCAAAUGCACCGUGGGCACAUGCCCCCCUUGACCUCAGCCCAACAGGCGCUCACUGGUACCAUCAACUCCAGCAUGCAGGCUGUGCAGGCUGCCCAGGCCACCUUGGAUGACUUUGAGACUCUUCCUCCACUUGGCCAGGAUGCUGCAUCCAAGGCCUGGCGUAAAAACAAGAUGGAUGAAUCAAAACAUGAGAUCCACUCUCAAGUGGAUGCCAUCACAGCCGGAACUGCCUCUGUAGUGAACCUGACUGCAGGAGAUCCUGCAGAGACUGACUAUACAGCUGUGGGCUGUGCAGUGACUACAAUCUCUUCCAACUUGACUGAGAUGUCCCGUGGUGUAAAGAUGCUAGCUGCUCUGCUGGAAGAUGAAGGGGGAAGUGGGCGGCCCCUGCUACAGGCGGCUAAAGGCCUGGCAGGGGCUGUGUCAGAACUGCUGCGAAGUGCCCAGCCAGCCAGUGCUGAGCCUCGUCAGAACCUGCUACAGGCUGCUGGAAAUGUGGGACAGGCCAGUGGAGAACUUCUGCAGCAAAUUGGAGAGAGUGACACUGACCCACACUUCCAGGACAUGCUGAUGCAGCUGGCCAAAGCAGUGGCCAGUGCUGCAGCUGCACUGGUCCUUAAGGCCAAGAGUGUUGCCCAACGGACAGAGGACUCAGGACUGCAGACCCAGGUUAUUGCUGCAGCUACACAGUGUGCCCUGUCCACAUCCCAACUUGUGGCCUGUACCAAGGUGGUGGCACCCACAAUCAGUUCACCUGUGUGCCAGGAGCAGCUGGUAGAGGCUGGGCGGUUGGUGGCUAAGGCUGUGGAGGGCUGUGUGGCAGCAUCCCAAGCAGCCACAGAAGAUGGAUCGCUGCUUCGGGGUGUGGGAGCAGCAGCUACAGCUGUAACCCAGGCCUUGAAUGAGCUGCUACAGCACGUAAGAGCCCAUGCCACAGGAGGGCGCCCUGCUGGACGCUAUGAUCAAGCCACGGAUACCAUCCUCACUGUCACAGAGAACAUCUUUAGCUCCAUGGGUGAUGCUGGAGAGAUGGUUCGACAAGCCCGAAUUCUGGCCCAAGCAACCUCUGACCUGGUCAAUGCCAUCAAAGCUGAUGCUGAGGGAGAGAGUGACCUGGAAAAUUCACGAAAGUUGCUCAGUGCUGCCAAAAUCCUGGCUGAUGCCACAGCGAAGAUGGUGGAAGCUGCCAAGGGGGCAGCUGCCCACCCUGACAGUGAGGAGCAGCAGCAGCGGCUUCGGGAGGCAGCAGAAGGCUUGCGCAUGGCAACUAAUGCAGCUGCCCAGAAUGCCAUCAAGAAGAAGCUCGUGCAGCGGCUGGAGCAUGCAGCCAAACAGGCUGCAGCCUCAGCUACCCAGACCAUUGCAGCUGCCCAGCAUGCAGCUUCGGCUCCCAAGGCCCCCGCAGGCCCCCAGCCCCAGCUUGUGCAGAGCUGCAAGGCUGUGGCGGAACAGAUCCCACUGCUGGUGCAGGGUGUCCGAGGAAGCCAAGCCCAGCCCGACAGCCCCAGUGCCCAACUUGCCCUCAUUGCUGCCAGCCAGAGCUUCCUACAGCCUGGAGGAAAGAUGGUCUCGGCGGCAAAGGCUUCAGUCCCCACAAUUCAGGACCAGGCAUCGGCCAUGCAGCUGAGUCAGUGUGCCAAGACACUUGGCACUGCCCUGGCAGAGCUCCGCACUGCUGCCCAGAAGGCUCAGGAGGCAUGUGGUCCCCUGGAAAUGGACUCUGCAUUGAGCCUGGUACAGAGCCUGGAGCGAGACCUGCAGGAAAUAAAGGCAGCAGCUAGAGAUGGCAAACUCAAGCCCCUCCCUGGGGAGACGAUGGAGAAAUGUGCACAGGACCUGGGGAAUAGCACCAAGGCUGUGAGCUCCUCCAUUGCCCAGCUCCUGGGGGAGGUGGCCCAGGGCAAUGAGAACUAUGCAGGCAUUGCAGCACGAGACGUGGCCGGAGGACUACGUGCAUUGGCCCAGGCGGCAAGAGGAGUUGCGGCCUUAACAUCAGAACCCGCCGUCCAGGCAGCAGUGCUUGACACAGCCAGUGAUGUCCUGGAUAAGGCCAGCAGCCUUAUCGAUGAGGCCAAGAAAGCGGCUGGCCGGCCUGGGGACCCUGAGAGUCAGCAGCGACUAGCCCAGGUGGCAAAAGCAGUGACCCAGGCUCUGAACCGCUGUGUCAGCUGCCUGCCGGGCCAGCGUGAUGUGGACAAUGCCUUGAGAGCCGUUGGAGAUGCCAGCAAGCGCCUGCUGAGUGACUCACUUCCCCCGAGCACUGGGACUUUUCAAGAAGCUCAAAGCCGAUUGAAUGAAGCAGCUGCCGGACUGAACCAAGCAGCCACAGAGUUGGUACAGGCCUCAAGGGGCACCCCCCAGGAUCUGGCUCGAGCUUCUGGCCGUUUUGGACAAGACUUCAACACCUUCUUGGAAGCAGGCGUGGAGAUGGCUGGACAGACUCCGAGCCAAGAGGACCAGGCCCAAGUGAUAUCCAACCUGAAGGGCAUUUCCAUGUCAUCAAGCAAGCUACUACUGGCAGCUAAGGCCUUAUCCACAGACCCUGCUGCUCCUAACCUUAAGAGUCAGCUGGCUGCAGCUGCCCGGGCUGUGACUGAUAGCAUCAACCAGCUCAUCACCAUGUGUACCCAGCAAGCACCAGGGCAAAAAGAAUGUGACAAUGCCCUUCGGGAGCUGGAGACUGUACGAGAGCUCCUGGAAAACCCAGCCCAGCCCAUUAAUGACAUGUCCUACUUCGGCUGCCUAGAUAGCGUCAUGGAGAACUCUAAGGUUCUGGGUGAAGCCAUGACUGGAAUUUCCCAAAAUGCCAAGAACAGCAACCUGCCUGAGUUUGGAGAAGCCAUCCGCACAGCUUCCAAAGCCCUGUGUGGCUUCACAGAGGCAGCAGCUCAGGCUGCAUACCUCGUGGGCAUCUCGGAUCCCAAUAGCCAAGCAGGACAGCAGGGGCUAGUAGAACCCACCCAGUUCGCUAGAGCCAACCAGGCAAUUCAGAUGGCUUGUCAAAGUCUAGGGGAGCCUGGCUGCACUCAGGCCCAGGUGCUCUCUGCAGCCACUAUUGUGGCUAAACACACCUCUGCCCUGUGUAAUAGCUGCCGUCUGGCCUCUGCCCGCACAGCCAACCCUACAGCCAAGCGGCAGUUUGUCCAGUCAGCCAAGGAGGUGGCCAACAGCACUGCCAACCUUGUCAAGACCAUCAAGGCUCUGGAUGGGGCUUUCACUGAAGAGAAUCGGGCCCAGUGCCGAGCAGCCACAGCCCCCCUGCUGGAGGCUGUGGACAACCUGAGUGCCUUUGCAGCCAACCCUGAGUUCUCUAGCAUCCCUGCCCAGAUCAGCCCUGAGGGUCGAGCUGCCAUGGAGCCCAUUGUGGUCUCAGCUAAAACUAUGUUAGAGAGUGCAGGAGGACUGAUUCAGACAGCCCGGGCGCUAGCAGUCAAUCCCCGAGACCCCCCUCGCUGGUCAGUACUGGCUGGACACUCUCGUACAGUCUCGGAUUCCAUAAAGAAGCUCAUCACCAGUAUGAGGGACAAGGCUCCAGGUCAGCGGGAGUGUGAGGCAGCCAUUGCAGCACUGAAUAGCUGUCUUCGAGAUCUGGACCAGGCCUCCCUUGCUGCCGUCAGCCAGCAGCUUGCUCCUCGAGAAGGCAUCUCACAAGAGGCCUUGCACACUCAGAUGCUGACUGCAGUACAAGAGAUCUCCCACCUCAUUGAGCCGCUGGCCAGUGCUGCCCGAGCUGAGGCCUCCCAGCUGGGUCACAAGGUGUCCCAGAUGGCUCAGUACUUUGAACCUCUCACCCUGGCUGCUGUGGGCGCCGCCUCCAAGACACUGAGUCACCCCCAGCAGAUGGCACUGUUAGACCAGACCAAGACACUGGCAGAGUCUGCCCUCCAGCUGCUCUACACAGCCAAAGAGGCAGGGGGCAACCCCAAGCAAGCAGCCCACACUCAGGAGGCUCUGGAAGAGGCUGUACAAAUGGUAACAGAAGCUGUGGAAGACCUGACAGCCACACUCAACGAGGCAGCCAGUGCAGCUGGCGUGGUGGGGGGCAUGGUGGAUUCCAUCACGCAAGCAAUUAACCAGCUUGAUGAGGGACCAAUGGGAGAGCCAGAUGGUUCCUUUGUGGACUACCAGACAACCAUGGUACGGACAGCCAAAGCCAUUGCAGUCAACGUACAGGAGAUGGUGACCAAGUCAAGUACCAGCCCAGAGGAGCUCGGCCCUCUGGCCAACCAGCUGACCAGUGAUUAUGGCCGCCUUGCCCUACAAGCCAAGCCUGCAGCCAUGGCUGCUGAAAAUGAGGAGAUUGGUGCCCACAUCAAACACCGAGUGCAGGAGCUGGGCCAUGGCUGUGCAGCCCUGGUCACAAAGGCAGGUGCCCUGCAGUGUAGCCCCAGCGAUGCCUACACCAGGAAAGAACUCAUGGAGUGCGCCCGGCGUGUAUCUGAGAAGGUCUCCCACGUUCUGGCCGCCCUCCAAGCUGGAAACCGUGGCACCCAAGCUUGCAUCACAGCAGCCAGUGCAGUGUCUGGCAUUAUUGCUGACCUCGACACCACCAUCAUGUUUGCCACAGCAGGAACGCUCAACCGCGAGGGCACCGAGACUUUUGCUGAUCACCGGGAGGGCAUCCUGAAGACUGCAAAGGCAUUGGUAGAAGACACGAAAGUCCUGGUACAGAAUGCAGCCGCAAGCCAGGAGAAGCUGGCCCAGGCUGCCCAGUCCUCCGUGGGCACCAUUACACGCUUGGCUGAUGUAGUCAAGCUUGGUGCAGCCAGCCUGGGUGCUGAGGACCCUGAGACUCAGGUGGUCCUGAUUAAUGCAGUUAAGGAUGUGGCCAAGGCUCUGGGUGACCUCAUCAGUGCCACCAAGGCCGCAGCGGGCAAAGUGGGAGAUGACCCUGCUGUGUGGCAGCUGAAGAACUCUGCUAAGGUGAUGGUGACCAAUGUGACAUCCUUGCUCAAGACUGUGAAAGCUGUGGAGGACGAGGCCACCAAAGGCACCCGGGCUCUGGAAGCUACAACAGAACACAUUCGGCAGGAGCUGGCGGUUUUCUGUUCCCCAGAGCCCCCUGCCAAGACCUCCACCCCAGAAGAUUUUAUCCGAAUGACCAAAGGUAUCACCAUGGCUACCGCUAAGGCUGUCGCCGCGGGCAACUCCUGUCGGCAGGAAGACGUCAUUGCCACAGCCAACCUGAGCCGCCGAGCCAUAGCCGACAUGCUGCGAGCCUGCAAGGAGGCUGCCUAUCACCCUGAAGUGGCCCCUGAAGUACGCCUCCGGGCCCUACACUAUGGCCGGGAGUGUGCCAAUGGCUACCUCGAGCUACUGGACCAUGUGCUACUGACCCUACAGAAACCGAGCCCAGAACUGAAACAGCAGUUAACAGGACAUUCCAAGCGUGUGGCUGGCUCCGUCACUGAGCUCAUCCAAGCAGCCGAGGCCAUGAAGGGAACAGAAUGGGUAGAUCCUGAGGACCCCACGGUCAUUGCUGAAAAUGAACUCCUGGGAGCUGCAGCGGCCAUUGAGGCAGCAGCCAAGAAGCUAGAACAGCUGAAGCCCCGGGCCAAGCCCAAGGAAGCGGAUGAAUCUCUGAAUUUUGAGGAGCAGAUCCUAGAAGCAGCCAAGUCCAUCGCAGCUGCAACCAGUGCCCUGGUGAAGGCAGCCUCUGCUGCCCAGAGGGAAUUGGUAGCUCAGGGGAAGGUGGGUGCCAUCCCAGCCAAUGCAUUGGAUGAUGGGCAGUGGUCUCAGGGCCUCAUUUCUGCUGCCCGGAUGGUGGCCGCUGCCACCAACAAUCUGUGUGAGGCAGCCAAUGCAGCUGUGCAGGGUCACGCCAGCCAGGAGAAGCUCAUCUCAUCUGCCAAGCAGGUGGCUGCCUCCACAGCCCAGCUGCUCGUGGCCUGCAAAGUCAAGGCUGAUCAGGAUUCGGAGGCCAUGAAGCGCCUGCAGGCGGCUGGCAAUGCAGUGAAGCGAGCUUCAGACAACCUGGUGAAGGCAGCACAGAAGGCUGCAGCCUUUGAAGACCAAGAGAACGAGACUGUUGUGGUGAAGGAAAGGAUGGUUGGAGGCAUUGCCCAGAUAAUUGCCGCCCAAGAGGAGAUGCUUCGGAAAGAGCGGGAGCUAGAAGAAGCUCGGAAGAAGCUAGCCCAGAUCCGACAGCAGCAGUACAAGUUCCUGCCUUCAGAGUUGCGGGAUGAGGGACAGCAUUGAGGGCUAGAACUUAUAUUUAACGCAGACCUAGGCCAGAGACUGUACCCGACUGCCUACAGCCCAAAGCCUCUUGCUCCAAGAGGGGUCUAUCCCCAGUGCUCCCAAAGUGCCUGCCUCCCCCGGGGCUGGGCCUUGCCUGGCCCUACUGCACGUCCCUUUGCCCCUUCCCUUUCCAAGUGCCUUCAUGCCCUGGAGAUAACCUGGGGUCCCCUAAGUGCCUAUCCCUUCUCAGAGUAUUAACGCUCGCUCCAAGAGUAUUAACGCUGCUGCACCUCGCACUGCAGGGGCUGCACCAGCCCCAGCCUCGCCCUCAGUGGCUCGCAGCCAGUCCCCACUAGCCUUGGCGCUCCGCUCACCUUUUUUGAUACUGUUCCCUCUAUCCUAGCCAUGUGUGGGGGCUGUAAGGGUCACCACCUUCCCAUCUACCCCAAAACAGGUCACCCUCCCCCCCCCAAUAAAGGUGGUUCCACUGCCAGCUCCUACCUAGUUCUCUGAAUCACUGCCCUCUGCCCAAUGAAGCUGGAGCCUCACCAGGGCAGCCUGCUGCCCCAGCCAGAUAGCAUGGAUUAGUUGUAGAGGGGAGGGACUAGGUCUCCAGAUAUGUUGACUGGACCAGAAAGCUGCCCCCCAUACCUGGGCACCCCUAGCCUGGAUGAUUCAAACCAAAGGCUUGUUACCCUUUUUAUCUUGUGAUUUUUCCUGCCUCUACCAUUACCAUAGCUGUACCCCGUAUCACCCAUCCCCUCCUGUUCCCUGUUGCACGCUCCCAGGGACAGGCAUCUACUCAGUGCUCUGUAUCCUUGCCUUUCCAUACCAUUAUCAUCCCCACUUCAACCAUGUCUGCAACCUUUAACAAGUCAUCAGUUUCUUAGACCUGAGAAAGUGGGUGGUAGAGAAUACCAAGAUGGAGCUGAAGGAACUAUGUUUGACUCCUAGCUCUUAUAUUUAAUAACCAUGCAGCCAUGACAUAGGGAAAGUCCUAAACUUGGGCUAGAAUCCCAACUCUGACACUCAACUAGCUGGAUGACCCCUGGGCAAGUCCUCAAUGAACUUUAUCCAGGAGAUGAGCAGCUGGGCUUUGGACUUAAUGGUUUUCUCCUUGCUCACCAUUCUGCUGCCCAUCACCAACCAAACUGGCUUCAUCUGCCACUAGUCUCAAACCUCUGGCACACUGAUCUCCCUGGUUAUUCAGAAAGCACUUGGUCAGCUUUUACUGUGCAAACUUGUGCACUGUAUAAAAAACGAUGCCUGAACCCUAGGUAGUGUGGCAGGAGAAAGACAAGCAUGAAAAACACUGAGACAGAGAACAG